UUCUAGUCGGACCUAUUUCGGAAAACUCACCCUCGCUUCCUGUUUUUGCCCCGGCCGCAGCAACAACGUGCGUGGAUUCAAUGCUGCACGCCGGUGUGCAGUAACAGUGUUAUGUGUGACCAGAGUCUUAUUCACUUUCUACAAUGCAGAUAUCUAGUGUGAAUGACGUGAAGAUUUAUAAUUUAAGUCAUGGAAAAUCUCUGCCUGAGUGGCUGUCAGAUCGGAAGAAAAGACAGUUACAGAAGAAAGAUGUUGACAUUCAGCGCAGGAUUGAGCUCAUCCAGGACUUUGAGAUGCCCACAGUGUGCACCUCCAUCAAAGUGUCCAGGGAUGGGCAGUUCAUCCUGGCAACAGGUACUUACAAACCCAGGAUUCGCUGCUAUGACACAUACCAGCUGUCCCUAAAGUUUGAGCGCUGUUUGGAUUCAGAUGUUGUGGCUUUUGACAUCCUGUCUGAUGAUUACUCAAAGUUGGUGUUUUUGCACUGCGAUCGCUUCGUAGAGUUCCACUCGCAGCAUGGAAGCUACUACAAGACACGUAUUCCAAAGUUUGGACGGGACUUCUCUUACCACUACCCCUCCUGUGACCUCUUCUUUGUGGGGACAAGUUCCGAGGUGUUCAGACUGAAUUUGGAACAAGGGCGCUUCCUUAACUCACUUCAGACCGAUGCUGUGGAAAACAACGUGUGUGACAUCAACCCUGUCCAUCAUUUGUUCGCCACAGGAUCCUCUGAGGGGAGGGUGGAGUGCUGGGACCCUCGUGUUCGGACCAGAGUGGGCAAGCUGGACUGCGCUCUGAGCAGCCUGGCUGAGGGAGCAGAAGUUCAAAGUUUGCCCUCCAUUACCGCUCUGAAGUUUAACGGCUCCCUCACCAUGGCAGUAGGCACCAGUACAGGACAGGUGCUGAUCUAUGACCUGCGCUCCAACCAGCCGCUGCUGGUUAAAGAUCACUUCUACAACCUGCCAAUCAAAUCAAUCAACUUCCACGACCCACUGGACCUGGUAGUGUCUGCCGACUCCAAGAUUAUCAAAGUCUGGAGCAAAGACACUGGCAAGGCUUUCUCCUCCAUACAACCUCAGACCAACAUCAAUGAUGUUUGCAUCUACCCUAAUUCAGGUAUGCUCUUCACUGCCAAUGAGGAUCCCAAGAUGAACACAUUCUACAUGCCGGCGCUUGGCCCUGCACCUCGGUGGUGCUCCUUCCUGGACAACUUGACAGAGGAGCUGGAGGAGAGUCCGGAGAGCACAGUGUACGAUGACUACAAGUUUGUGACCAGGAAGGACCUGGAAAAUCUUGGUUUGUCUCACCUGGUGGGAUCCUCUCUCCUGAGAGCCUACAUGCACGGCUACUUCAUGGACAUCAGGCUUUAUCACAAGGUGAAAACCAUGGCAAAUCCUUUCGCAUACGACGAGUAUCGCAAGGAUAAGAUCCGCCAGAAGAUCGAGGAGUCCAGGACGCAGAGAGUGCAGGUUAAGAAGUUGCCCAAGGUGAACAAGGAGCUGGCUCUCAAGCUGAUGGAGGAGGGUGAUGACGAAGCAGAGCUGACUAAUAGGAAAAAGAAGGGCAAGGCUCUCCCCAGCGUCCUGGGAGACGACCGCUUCAAGGUGAUGUUCGAGAACCCCGAGUACCAGGUGGACGAGCGGAGCGAAGAGUUCCGCCUCCUCAACCCCAUCGUCUCUAAGGUGGGACAGAAGAGGAAGAAGAAGCUGCGUCUGAUGGCUCAGCAGGCCGCCGACGCCCAACAGGCGGGUGAGGACGCCGAGGAGCCCGAGGGUCGGGCCAGCUCCGAGGAGGAGAGCUCCGACGACGACGACAAGAGCUGGGUGGAGGAGGUGCGGGAGCAGCGGAGGUUGCUCUGGGAGGAGGGCCGGGACCGCCGGCGGCUGGAGAGGAAGGAAGCGGACCGUAACACUGUGCUGCUGAAGGAGAAAAACGGAGGAGAGGAAACCUCCAACACGGCCGAGAGCAAGAAGGCACGCCAGCCUCAGUAUUAUCAGAUCAAAGCCGGGGAGGAGUUCAGAAGCUUUAACGACAUGGCCCGCAAGCAGAAACUACAGAAGGCUUCUUUGGAGGACCGCCUGAAGUUAGAGGAGCACUCUGGAACCGGCACUAUGGCCGACACAGCAGUAGGCAGCAAGCAGCUGACCUUCAGUCUCAAAAAGUCAGAUCAGCAGAGGAAGCAGCAGCAGGCAGAGAGGGAUCACCACGAGGAGAGGAGGAAGCUGAGGCGCUCGGCCGGACACCUGAGCAGCGACCGCGGCAGAGGCUGGGGGGGUGGCAGGGGGAGAGGGGGAGAGAGGGGGAGAGGAGGAAGGGGAGGAGGGGGAGGAAGGGGGAGACAUUGGUCAAAUUCAAAUGUGAGGGAGGUGCAUUCCAGCCCCCAGCGUGCCAACUCUGGCCCCCAGGCUCAGAGUUGA